AUGGAGGACGCCGGGCAGGAGCCUUGCUCCCGGCAGCCCCGAGCUAGAGGGAGAGGUAAUGCAGAUCAUUGGAAUACUGGCUUUAUACGAAGAGGCAGAAACAGAACAAAUAAUGUGUCAGACCAGGCAGCUCAGUUAGGGGAAAGACCUCAAGCCAGUAAUUAUACUCUUUUACCUGGGCAAAGAGAGGAGAGAUCUGGUGGUUGGAUUUGGAGGGUUCCUCAAUCGAACAAAAAUAAAUCAAGAAACCAAGGUGGAGAGGCCAACAGUGGAGCCACAGGACCCUGGAAUGAGCAGGAGAAUGAGGGAAGGAGAAUGAGGCAUCAAGGUGGACGAGGACAUGAGAGGGCCAGAGGACCCUGGCAUGAGCAAGAAAAUGAGGGUAGGGGAAGGAGGUAUCAAGGUGGACAAACACAUGAGAGGGCCAGAGGACCCUGGCAUGAGCAAGAAAAUGAGGGUAGGGGAAGGAGGUAUCAAGGUGGACAAACACAUGAGAGGGCCAGAGGACCCUGGAAUGAGCAAGAAAAUGAAGGUAGGGAGAGGAGGAUGCAGUCUUGGGAGAAUCGUCAUUUCUACCAGGACCCUACCCCAGGUGGUGCCCGGCUCAGUCAGCAGCCUCAGCAAGUCAAAAGGAUUGGCUAUAAAUUCCUAGAAAGUCUACUCCAGAAGGACCCUUCAGAAGUUGCCAUCACACUUGCUUCCAGUUCAGGUUUGAAGGAACUUCUUUCCCAAAUGGCUAUGAAACCUAAUUUCCUUCAGCUCAUUUGCCAGGUGCUUCGAAAAGCAUGCAGUUCCCGAAUGGAUAGACAGAGUGUCCAACAGCUGCUUGGAGUGGUGAAGGAGUCCAACUUUCUCAAGAUCUGUCUGCCACAGUAUGUGUCUGACAUGAUAACAGAGGCAGUCCCUGCUGUACGUCAUCAGUACCCUGUGCAUAUUAGCAAUAUCAUUUCACUUCUUCAAGACCUGAUCAGUAUUUUCCCAGCCAGCUCUGUGCAGAAAAUCUCCAUUCUCUUGACAGUCUUGCCAGCAUCCAUAAAUGCCCUGAGAGCUUCUGGUGUGGACAUCAUGGAAGAAACGGAGAAGAAUCUAAACAAGGUCCAGAUGCUUGUACAGCAUCUGCAGGAGAAGAGACGUGAAGGUACACUGAGGUCUGAUAACUAUGCUCUUAUGCCACCUAAGACUGAUGGUCAAGAAGAAACCUAUCGUACAAUGACCAUUUAUCCAACGUACAAUGAGCUACACCAUCAUAAGAAACCCUUUCUACGUCCCAAUAUUGUUUCUGGAAGGUAUGAGAGCACCAGCAUUUAUCUUGACACCCAUUUCCGGCUUUUGAGAGAAGAUUUUGUAAGGCCUUUGAGGGAAGGUAUCUUGGAGCUUUUACAGAGCUUUGAGGACAAAGGUUUGAGAAGGAGAAAAUUUGAUGAUAUCAGAAUCUACUUUGACACACGGAUUAUUACCCCUCUCUGUUCCCCAACUGGUAUUGUUUACAAGGUCCAGUUUGACAUAAAACCAUUGAAGUUUGUACGAUGGCAGAAUUCGAAACGGUUGCUAUAUGGAUCCCUGAUCUGCAUGUCUAAAGAUCACUUUGAAACAUGCCUUUUUGCUACUGUUUCUAAUCGUGACAAUACAGAUCUUGCCCAUGGGAUUGUGCAACUAUGUUUUAACGCACAGAGCCAGGCGUUGCUGGCAGAGGUUCAGCCCUCAGACUCCUUCGUCAUGGUAGAAACAACUGCCUACUUUGAGGCCUAUCGACAUGUGUUAGAAGGGUUACAGGAAAUACAGGAAGAAGAUAUCCCAUUCCAGAAGUACAUUGUGGAAUGUGAUGCACAGGUAAAGAAGCCAGCAUACCUGACAAUGGAUACUGCCUACAACUUUGCACCCUUGAUGGAAGAUCCGCCGUCAGAUGAAGAUACGUACCCUGAUGGUUUGAGAAGGCAAAAUGUCCAUGUACUAGAUCCCAAGCAGUGGCUUUCAAUGGAAACCUUGAGAUUAGAUGAGUCUCAGAUGCAGGCAUUGAGUCUUGCACUCACCAAGGAGCUGGCUAUUAUCCAAGGACCUCCUGGGACUGGGAAGACUUAUGUGGGUUUGAAGAUUGUUCAGGCUCUUUUGACUAAUAAGCAUGUGUGGCAAAGCACUGUCCAGAAGUCUCCCAUCCUUAUAGUCUGCUACACUAACCAUGCACUGGACCAGUUCUUAGAAGGUAAGAGUGCCUGACAAGUAUGAUGGAGGGUGAGGUAGAAAUUACA